CGACAGACAAAACAAUAAGCUUUAUCAGACUAACCAAACAGAGUACACGAGGCAAAACGCGUCCGAGUCGACUCAAAUCUCUGCACGCUCCAACUCGCUCCCUUUCUUCCACCGAAGAAACGUUUGCAUGGCGUUUUCGUGAAACGCCGCCGGUUCUUGUAAUCUGAACAAUCCAAAGUCGUUUCUUCCCGUUCAGUGAACUGGAAAGUCAGUGAGUUCAUAGUUUCAGCAGAGGGCUUUUGAACUCAACAAUCAUGAGUUUUGUGUUCCGGGGCACCAGAGCGGAUAUCGAAAGUGGGUUCCCGGAAUUCAUACCAGGGCGGCGUGCAAUGCGUGUUCAUCCACCACGCUCUGUCAAUUCCAACUCACUUGCUUUUCUUGUCACAGUUCUCUUGCUGUUCAUGAUACUGAACUCACACCAGAUGUCACCGAAUUUUCUGCUGUGGCUAGUUCUUGGUGUCUUUUUGAUGGCUACAACAUUAAGGAUGUAUGCAACCUGUCAACAACUUCAAGCUCAAGCACAGGCUCAUGCAGCGUCAGCCAGUGGCCUUCUUGGCCAUACUGAAUUGCGGUUGCGUAUGCCACCAUCAAUUAGCUUAGCAACAAGAGGGCGCCUUCAAGGCCUCAGACUUCAGCUUGCACUUCUUGACCGGGAAUUUGAUGACCUAGAUUACGAAACUUUGCGAGCUCUGGAUUCCGAUAAUGUUCCAGCAGCUUCUUCUAUGAGUGAGGAAGAGAUAAAUGCUCUUCCAGUCCAUAAAUACAAGGCUGUGGGUCCUCAAAAUGGCGCUUCGUCGAUGCAACAAGCUUCAUCUUCAGUACCUUCUGAGAAGAAGCAAGAAACUGUCGAUACUGUUGGCAGCACAAAAGCAAUGGAAGAUGAACUGACUUGUAGCGUUUGCCUGGAGCAAGUUACUGUGGGAGAACUAAUCCGCAGCCUUCCGUGCUUGCAUCAGUUCCAUGCUAGUUGCAUUGAUCCAUGGCUGAAGCAGCAGGGAACCUGCCCGGUGUGUAAAUUCCGAGCAGGAUCAGGGUUGCAUGAAAAUGGACAAGGAGGGUACCCACCUGCAUAGUUGGGAUUUGGAUCUUCUCUUGAGCCCAAGGUGAGGAUCCUCCUGACCAAGGAGUGUGGACCGUUGGAUGAAAAUCCAACGGCUAUAAUUAUUAUAAUUUUAAAGGGACCCCCUUAUUUGUAAUCCAAUGGCCCACACUUCUUGAUCAGGAGGAUCCAAAUCUAGGCACAUGAUGGAUCCGAUUCAAAGAUUAUGCCCAGCAUUGGCAUUGCUGUAAUUAUCUUGAUAUAUAGGCAUUGGAAUGGCUGAAUAUUAUGCCUUCAAAACAACCAAGUUGUGUAUAUUUUGAAUAGCACUCCAAAAGUUUUCUGCCUUUGGGCAAACUCGUUGCGAGGGACGUUGUUGAA